UCCGCUCCCACUUGAUCCCGAUCGCCAUUUCUCCACCUGCACAUCUGCGCGCGCGCGCGGGAGAGCAGAGGCGGCGAGAGAGAUCCGGGUCGGGAGGGGUGAUGGACUUCUCCGGCGACGUCAAGCCGGCGAUCCACCGGCCCUCUGUCGCGGCGGCACGCGGGGGAGGGAACGGUGGGGCGAUCCCGCUCCUGCGUGGGUGGCAGGCGUUCCGGAGGAGCGGCGCGCCGGCGAGGCUCCUCUGCUUCGAGGGCGGCGCGUGGGCGGACGUCGCGGGCGAGGUGGUGGGGCUGCUGCGGCGGGCGUUCAUGGAGGGGAAGGCCGUUUGCGAGGCCGCCUGCGGUGGGAGGGUGUUCCUGUUCGACUUCAUGCGGAUGGUUCGGAUCGAUGAGGCCACCGCCGAGGAGGCCGCGCUGGGGUGGAUCGACGACCGCGGCGCGUGCUUCUUCCCGGCUCCCGAGGGCGGGAGGAAGAGGAAGAGGGAGAGGGACGAGGCGGGGUCGGAGGUGAAGGGGGAGGAUCGGCGGCGGCGGCAGCCGGCGGCGGAGGAGGAGGACGGGGACGAGGCGUCGUCCGGCGUGGAGGAGCGGUCCGGGGAGAGCCGCCCCGAGGCGGAUGAGCCCGACAGGAAGAAGGCGCGCGGGACGUUGUGGGGGAAGGCGGUGAGGCUGGACGAGGCGGACAAGUUCUACAAGGUGGUGGAGAAGCUCUUCGUCAGCCGGAUGGCUCCCGUGGCGGCGGCCCGCGGCGUGGCGAUCACGGCGGUGCACAAGGUCGCGCAGGGGCCCCGGGCAAGAGCCUUCCAUCUGCAGGGACAGCUCCUUGCCGCUGCUCGCGGCGUCGGCGAUGGCAGCAACGCCAAGUUCGCGUGGUACGGCGCGCCGGCGGCGGAUGUGGCCGCGGCGGUGGAGCACGGCUUCGGGAGGACGAACGGGCAGUUUCUCGGCGGGCGCGCACACGGCGACGGCGUUCACCUUUCGCCGCCGCAGUACCCUCACGCUAGUGCGAUGCUGACCAAGCCAGACGAGAAUGGCGAGGCACACAUCGUGCUGUGCCGCGUCCUGAUGGGCCGUCCAGAGGCCGUCCCUGCCAGCUCACCCCAAUUCCACCCCAGCAGCGACGAAUACGACAGCGCCGUCGACAACCUUGAGAAUCCGCGGUGGUACGUUGUAUGGAGCACAGACAUGAACACCAGGAUCCUCCCAGAGUACGUGGUCAGCUUCAGGUGGCCCAACCUGCCGCAGAUGGAAGGAUCAUCGGGGUUGGGAUCGAAGCUGAAGAAGCCAUCACCAGCAGCUACUCGCGACAUGUUCCCUAUGCUUCUGACGGAGAUCCAGCGGUUCGUUCCAUCCCCGAAGCUGCAGACUUUGCAGAGGACGUACAACUGCUUCAAGAGAGGACAGAUGAAGAAGGACCAGUUCAUCCGGUUCUUGCGCUCCCACAUCGGCGACAAUGUGUUGACCACCGUGGCCAAGAAACUCCGAGGGUACUAGUGCAAGGUGCAAAUUUGUCUCCACUCCGUGGCUGAAUUCGACUAACUCCGUAGAAUCGAACAGUGCGUGUCGUGUACCAAUCCUGACAGGGUUUAUUCUCUUCUGAUGCUGCUUUAGUUUUUCCGGUGCUCAAAUGUUUAUUGUCAUGAACAUAGAGGGGGUUUACUGUGAUCUUCCAAUUAACCAACACAAAAGGGUAUAUGUGAUAUGAUGCAAAUUAUGCAAUUCUUGAGUUCGGUCAUAGUUUUACUUAUUUUCAGCAACUUGUAAUUUGUACAGACUCGAUUCUGUUGAGCUUUUGAUUCAGGAAACAAUCAAUUCAGUUUCGGGAGUUUACGGAGCUUUGAUGUAAAA